GUGACUUCCAGACCCCAGACGGCAAUCAGCAAAGUUCAGUUUCAAUCAAAUCCUCCCCGAAAACGGUCGUGCACGGAAUCGAUUCGCGGUGUUCGCCAGUGUUCUUAUACAGUAGUGUGACUCGGACGCGUGUGCAGUAAUAACAGCUUGCGUUGAUCAUCAUCACAUUCGUCGGUCUCCGCCGGAUUAGAAGGACCGUCAAAAGUGUUCGUUCUUAGAAAAGGCUAAGGGAAGAUCUACGUCAGUUUGGAGACGACUGCCUGCGACGGCGACGUCAGUUGGGGUGCAUUAUAGUUUGUGUUUCGAUGACGAGGGCAGCGCAACGCAUUGGGUGAUUGGUGAUGGGGAUGUGAGGACCACGCUUCGGUGGGAGUCUUUGAAACGCGUGACGCAGCUAGGCGCGUGUAGUGUGUAGCGCCUUCGUAGGGAUUAUUUGCGCGCGCGUGGGAUUGGCGAAGGAACCUCCGAAAGGAAACCGAAAUAAACAGAAACCGUUUUGCAUGUGCUCAGCUGUGAUAAUUGGGGUUUAAGUGAAAACAUCAUUUGGGGACGCUUUGUGGUGAUUUGCGUGAGGUGUUGUGUAACAUUUGUCGUCGCCGUAGGAGGUGUGUUUGACAGUGAGCUGACAUAAUGGCGACCGUGACGUCGAGGUUGCGAUUUGGAGCGCUUUUAGGGACGCUGCUGCUGGUGGUAACGAUGGUUGGCGCUCAGGAAUCAUCAUCACAGCAACGGCCCCAGGUGCUCAGCAACGAUGGUUCGUUCAAGUUUGCCGCCAAGACGAGUUUUUCCUGCAGUGGACGUGCCGCCGGAUACUACGCGGACGUUGAAACGGGCUGUCAGAUCUACCACAUGUGUGACGGAUUGGGACGUCAGUUUAGCUACGCUUGUCCAAAUACGACUUUGUUCCAGCAGCGGAUGCUGAUCUGCGACCAUUGGUACAUGGUGAACUGCUCCAAGGCUGAGAGCAAUUACGCGGCCAAUUUGCUGAUUGGUCAACGCGAUAAACCGUUUGUGACGGAUGACGAGAAUGAACUUCGAACGCCACGACCUGAUCUGCUGGAUACCCCUUACGCGGCUGGAUUCAAUAUGGAUGCAUUCAAAUACAAUUACUUCAAGACAAAUACACAAGCCCCUCAAAACGCCAUACCAGCGAAUGGAAAGAAUUCGGGCAAGAAUCCAACCGUCAAGCCGAAACAAACGACAAGCGAGAUCUUUGAAGAAAGUGCUAGUAAUCACGGCCUACCGAUCCAUUGGAGUACGCGGUAUGCUAAGGAAGACGAUGACAAGGAACGUAAGGACGAAAAACAGGAAUUGGAUGCACCAUUGAGCACUGCCAUUCCAUUGAGCACUGAGGAGGUGCACUUACAAGGCAACAAAGUCAACGGACGCCGGGAUGUAAAAGAAGGUGAAAGCAAAACUCAGGCUACUGUCACAGAGAAGCUGCCCAGUAGAGUUGAGGAAGCUGCCAGUAACAACAAUCAGGUCAACGUCAAAGUGCCGUCCAUUCGAUAUGAACCGCCGUUUACUCCAGAAGAGCAAGUCAAACGAGGAGGCAAUGGAAAGGAAUCAUUGGGAGCUGGAUUCAAGCCCUUCGAAUCUAUCUUGAAUUUUAACAAGAAAGGUAACCGAAAGGACUACGAUUUCUCCAACUUUUUCGGACGAAACGAAAGCAUCCGAAAUACGGCUCCAACACAAGCCCCAACUCCGGCAGCAACGACAACUCCAAGAACCGUUCCUUCUAGCACCACCAGAUUCUUCAGCAGCUCGUCGACAACGCCUUCCCGUCCAACAGCCAGAUUUACGACAACUCCACGCCAGACUGCCUUCGUAACAUCUCCUAGUACGACCAGUAAGCCUAUUACUAUCGUUGUCACGGACUUGCAACCGCCGCAGCUGAACCCAGCCCAGUUUUCCACCAGAACAGGACCAGCUUUCCGCCCAUCUGUUCCAACCACAGCUCCAAGGGGCACCUUCUCCACGGUCACAACCACGACGACUACCCCUAGACCUGUCCUACCACUGUCCGAUCCCCGUCAAUCGAAUCGCGCACCAACCACGAUCCACUUCAACCCUCCAGCAGCUACAGCUGGCUUGUUCGAGAAUCGCUUUGCUUUGCAACGACCACCGGUAACGUCCAAGGUCCCGGUUCCAGCCCGCGACCUCCUGCCGCCAUAUCAAAACGUCGCCAAUUUCGAUAAGAUCAAGAAUCGCUUCGUCAGUGAAGCAAUCUUCACUCGCCAGCCCAUCACUAACGAACCUUCCAGUGGGCCCAUCAAAUCCGGAAUCGAUAAGCUCCAGGGCGACGCUCAAAUACAAGUUCGUAACGACAACGUACCUCGGCCCUUCAGUGUUCCAACUCCGGCCAACGACCUCCUGCCCCCGAAGAAGGAAUAUGUAUUCUACGACGACGCCACCACCAAAGGACCCCCAAUCUACUACCAAUGGAAGUGGUCCAUCCCAUCCUUCGGUCUCGAACCACCCCUAGACGCGCCUUUAUCCGAUGAAGAGAAGUUGCUCACUCAGCUGAACCCCGCGGCCCAAGACUUACCCGACUCGAACCGCGAACACAAUCAAACGGCUCGCUCGAUUUCCUCCGAAACGGGAAACGCCGGCGAGAACCCUCCAACCAGCAACGCGAUCGCUGAAGCCAACAAACGCAAAAUCCAACCGCCGACUCACAACUACCUUGAACUUCGCAAACAACUGGCCAUCCCCGAUUUCACCUUCCCGCUGGAAAGUGCCGGCACAGCCCAAAGCAUCUACGAACAGGACGGAGCGGUCAACUCGUUCCAGAUCAAAAUCCCUGCCUACGCUCGCAGCGAUGACGACAGUAGGGCCUGGUACGGCGAAAACGCCAAGUGCCCCCAGUGUCACCCGGCGUUCAUGAGGCCCGGCACUUGCGAACCGUGCAUCAAAAUCCGGAGAUGAACACCCGAAAUCCUCUUUCCACCCGAUUUUCGGUGAUUCCCUUGUCCUAGUCCCAUCCCCUUCCCAUCUUCGAAUUAGUUUUUUGUUGGUAAGCUAGCUAAGGUAAACUCCCUGAACGUCCUGAAACCCUAGGAAAUCCCUACAGAACCUGUAUUGCAUUCAUGUAUUUUUAGGUAGAUAAGAUUUGUGACGCACUAACCCCCUCCCGCCCCACAUCGGGAACAAGAAAGGAUCAUUCCGCAGAUCAUGACCUCUUCGGGCACCUAACUUAUUGACCCACCUGGAAGGCCCUCAUUUCAACCACCCUUCACUCUCACCCGAACUGUCAACAGCAGCAGCAACACUAACCUUCGUCAACGCUCAAUCAAGCAAUCUAACUAGCACUUUAACAAACGACAACAGGAAGAGCUCAUGACAAUCUCCGGAAUGAUCUGGGUCCUCCGGGACCGGAGAUUACUACGAAUUUUGUACAUACACCGUCGCCAAGUAAAACCGAAUUGAAGUAUACAAUAAAAAUGUGUGUUGAAAAAAUUA